UGACAAAUGAAGCAUGUAAAACGCAGGGAGAAAGCUGUGCCUCUUUUCUUCUUUGGUUUUUCUGGUCCACCCUAUGAAAAUAAAUCUAGGGUUUUUUCUUUAAUUCCAAUUCGAAUUUGGAUACGGCUUCUUCUUCUUCUUCUUCUAUCUGAAGAAGGGUCCUUGUCAUAAUUCAGAUAUUCCUUCUCUUGUAUACUCAUCAAAUCGAUCCAGGAAAAGAAGAAAAGGAGGGAAUUAGUGUACCUUUAUACUGCAGCUGCUGGGGAUUAAAAUUUUGGCUAUCUAUAUAAGAUAUGGGACAAUGCUUAUGCUCAAAAAAGCGUCAACAGGGGGAAGAUGAUUCUGAUCAGCAUGUUGAAUUUGUUGGCAGUAAUGUGCAUCUCAUUACUGCCCAAGAGGUCUGGGAGCAGAAGCUGUCAGAAGCUAAUAGGGAGGGCAAAACUGUUUUAGUGAAUUUCAGUGCAACAUGGUGUGGUCCUUGUAGGAUGAUUGCACCAUUCUACCGAGAGCUGUCUGAGAAAUAUCCUUCUCUAUUGUUCCUGUUGGUUGAUGUUGAUGAACUACCUGACUUCAGCAGUUCAUGGGAUAUCAAAGCUACUCCUACCUUUUUCUUUCUCAGAGAUGGGCAGCAACUGGACAAGCUUGUGGGGGCGAGCAAGCCAGAGCUGCAGAAGAAGAUAACUGCCAUUUUAGACUCGGUGGCUGAGAGUGACAAAUGAUUGUUGUGUUGGCUUCCGUAUUUGAGAGUGCAGCAAUUAGCAUUUUUAUCCAUUGUGUGCUUAGUACUUUGGUUAUUGAUUGUGAGCCAUUUGUCUGUAGAUUAUGCCUGGCAUGUAAAUAUGACCAAAUGAAAAUUUUGGAACCUCCACUGUGAAUAAGCAAUCCCAGUGUAUUCUUCUAGUAA